UGACUAACAUUUCAUCCCAUCUUCGAUCCCAAUCGCACAGCCGUUCUGCGCUCUCCAGCAUGUCGCAAUGUUUGAAUUUAGACUUCCCCGCGAUCAAGCGUGAUUUGCUACGCUCUCGGCGCGAUUGCGCUCUGCGAGGACUGCGGCAGAGCGCAAAGUGGGCGUCCGAGCUCGCGUACGCCCUGCGGGAUGUCGAGGCGAGUCCGCCGGACCAGGCGGCGUCCGACGACGACUUGGACGACACGUACUUCCUCGCCAAGAGCUACCUGGACCUCCAGGAGUACGACCGCGUCGCCUACUUCACCAAGAACGCCAGCGGGACGACGCGAUUCCUCCACUACUACGCCAGGUACCUCUCGGACGCGAAGAAGCGGCUGGACGACACCGUCGAGCCGAUCACGGCCACGGACCGCGGGGCGAGCCAGGAGCUCAAAGACCUGCAGGCUGAGUUGAGGGCCCUGCGGCCCAAGCUGGACGGCUUCUGCCUCUACAUCUAUGGCGUGGUCCUCAAGCGUCUCCAGCUGCGGCAGGAAGCUAUCGACGUCUUCGUCGAGGCGGUGCAAGCUGAGCCCCUGCACUGGGGUGCCUGGCUGGAGCUGUCCUCAUUGGUGGCUGACUGCGACCACCUGCGAAGCCUCGAUCUGCCUGACCAUUGGAUGAAGCAGUUCUUCCUCGGCCACACCUACCUCGAGUUGCAGCUCAGUGAGGAGGUGCUUGAGACGUACGAGCAGCUGCAGAAGGGACCCUUCCUUGAGAGCACGUACCUUAUGGCACAGGUCGCCAUCGCCUACCACAACAUGCGGGUCGUCGACAAGGCCAUCGAGUGCUUCCAGAAGCUGCGCAAGGUUGACCCGUACCGGCUGGACAACAUGGACAUCUAUUCCAACCUGCUCUAUGUCAAGGAGCUGCGUGUUGAGCUGAGCCACCUGGCCCAUAGCGUGUGCGCCAUUGACAAGUAUAGGCCCGAGACAUGCUGCGUCAUUGGCAACUUCUACUCGCUCCGCUCGCAGCAUGAGAAGGCCGUUCUCUACUUCGCCCGUGCGUUGCGGCUCAACCCGAACUACUUCGCGGCGUGGACUCUCAUGGGCCACGAGUACAUGGAGAUGAAGAACACCAAUGCCGCCAUCCAGUCGUACCGGCAGGCCAUCGAGGUGAACCGCCGGGACUAUCGGGCCUGGUACGGUCUGGGCCAGACCUACGAGAUACUCAAGAUGCCGAACUACUGCCUCUACUACUACAGGCAAGCACAGGAGCUGCGGCCCAAUGACUCGCGCAUGAUGGUGGCACUGGGCGAGGCGUACGAAAAGCUGGACAAGCACCACGAGGCCAAGAAGUGCUUUUGGCGGGCCCACUCUCUCGGAGACUUCGAGGGGCUCGCCCUGUUCAGGCUGGCGCGUGUCUAUGAGUGCCUCGGCGAGUGUGAACAGGCCUGCGCAGCAUUCACCGACUACGUACGGCAGUGCGAGAGCCAGUGCUACCGGGCAGACCGCGAGGACCUGGCUCACGCCUGCCGCUUCCUGGCCAGGCACCACCUGGCCCAGAAGGACCUGGAUGCGGCGUAUGAGUACGCGCACAAGUGCACAGAGUUUCCCGAGACCAAGGAGGAAGCGCGGGGCCUGCUCAAGCAGGUGACGGAUGCCCGGGUGCUCCUCGAACAGGACGUGGCGGGCGGGGACAUGCAAAUCGAGGAGGACGAAGAGGACGACGACUCGCUCCUCACCGGACGAGACUUGCUUGUCUGCGAGGUCACGGACAUUGGGGACUUCGGGACUCCGAACAAGUGAUCGCUGUUGUGUAGAUGGAAACUGAGGCAGUGGCUAGUCCGGUGACAUGUGCGUCUUUACACAGCACUUGUAUUUCAUUAUUUUUCUUAUUCUUGGGUUUUGUUAAUUUUUUCACACGCUGUGUAAAGCUCGCAGAUGGUACAUGGGAAAUGGGCCGUGUGAUUUCAGGCCUAAGGGGGCGACGAGAAUUACUCGAUGUGCCGCUUGAACAAGACUUCGUCACCUGCGACAUCGAGGAUGCGAGGGAGGCUCCUAAUGCUUCGGGGAGUCGUUACUGUCGUAAAUCACUGACGCCUAUUCAAUUGUCUUGUACAAGAGCGAUGGCUGCAGCGGUCGAUGCAUUGCCGAAACCUGUAAAGUCACUUAGAUUGAAAGAGAAUUUUUUUCUUCAAUAAAUUGUCUUUUACAAGAGUGAUGGCUGCAGCCUUCAAUGCUAUGCUGAAACCUGUAAAGUGACAUAUUGAAAGAGAUUUUUUUCUUCGAUGAAUUGUCUUUUACAAGAGUGAUCGCUGCCGCGGUCAAUGCAUUGCUGAAACCUGUGAAGUGACUUAGUGUGACUUAGAUUGAAAGAGAAUUUUUUUUUUGAUGAAUUGUCUUUUACAAGAGUGAUGGCUGCAGCGGUCGAUGCAUUGCCGAAUCCUGAAAAGUGCCUUAGCGUGUGAAAGGCAGUUUUUUUUUCUUUGAUGGGGCUUGUUAAUAUGUAUGACGCAAUGAAAUGGAGAACAAUUGCCUUUUCCAUCGAUGGAAUCGCACCAACUGAAAGGAUGAUUUUAUGCCCUUAUUUAUUUACAUUUAUAUAACAAUUAGAAUACUACACACAAAGGCAGCAAUGUCCUCAUUGAUUUACAUGACCUAAUUGUCUGUUUGAUUCAUUUGGUUUUGCACUGUGAUGACAAUUGUGCGGGAUUAUGGACUGAUGAGACAUUGUGCAUGCGAUUUCUCGUUGGAGACGAAUCAUGCUCUUGAGGGAAGUGCAUGCUUUCUUGCGAAUCCACUUGUCAUUAAGACUUUUCCAACAUUCAGGGUUGGAUCAGAAAAACUUUUUGGGUGGUCAUAGCCUGACCAUCCUAUGUGCAGAAAUUUGCCCCAGGUUAAAUGUGUGUCAGUGUUAUUAGAGUUGCUGCAGAAAAAGAAAGGGAUUUGGCCGUGACGUGCUGUUCAGAGAGCGAAACUCUCAAACAGUUAGUUGGGAAUCGAUGCCUGCAAUGGGUGGCCACUGCCACGUAUUAAUCAAUAUUAUAUACACACCGAAUUUGAAGGAACUGAGGGAAGUGUGGCAGGCAUUAAAUCUUUGAGCUCACUGCAGGAAAAAAUGAAAAAAAAAAGAAUGGUGAAGUACUCAUUCCAUUGAGAUACUAUAUAUUCACAACCACCAGCUGUUGCCGUGUCGUGUGGGAAGAUGGAAUUGUGGGUGUCAUUACGUUCUUGCAUGAAGUUUGUUGUAUGUGCGAUAUAUAAUUGAAGAGCGAGAUGAUGAAAUGGGUAACGAUCCAGGCAACUUUUUUAUGUUGGAAACAUCCGAGACGUUAUAUCAGGACGUAUAUUAUCAUUGAUCAUGAUGUUGUUUACCUCAUGUUGCAAAGACAUUGUCUUUUGUUUUGUGCCAUUGUGGGUUGAAUAACGUGGUUUUGUGCUUACCGUCACUAAAGCCAAUUCAUCUGUUAGAAAAA